CCUGCAUAUAUCUUCUAUUUAUGAGCACUCUGUGGUGCAACGCUGGCUAAUCGUGUAACAUAUUGGAAUGUAGAGAUGAUCACCGAUGGCUUUAUCAACACUACUAUUCCUGCUUCUGGUCCAAACCAACACAGGCUUGUCAGCUAGCUGGAGUACAUGGCAUCAGGCAAUCAAUCUUCGUCGUUACGGGGACGAUUGCAUAUGUGUGGCAACCAUCGGUCCACUUACGACUGGCAGUGACAUCCUGGCGAAUGGGUCAAGAAAUAAUGCUGAUCAUAAGUUUGAAAUAUGGCCUUUUCUGGGACUUGUUGACUCCAAAGUCGUCACUCUAAGCCUCAUAGGUUCGCACACUCGAACUCCGAUAGUUGAACAGUGAAAUGCAACGACGAUGUCCUCCUCGAGGAAAUUUAGAUUGAUGAUUUCCCGUACGUUUCCUUCGCACCAGCCAAACUUCCCAGUUGGCAGCUUCUCGACUCUCACUUUAUCGACCCGGGGAAAACGUAUCUUGCGAUCUUCCGAUACAUGGGCCAUGCUUCUUGUCAACGACAUCUCAACCGUCGCUUGUUCUUGUCCGG